AUGGCAAAUUAUUAUAUAUUUUUUAUUUUUUUAAACUUAUUAAAGUUUGCUUUUUCAUUAGAAAAUGGCAAUGGUUGUGAUGCAAAAAAAGAUGGAAAAUCAUGUUGUCGAUUCAGUCAUUUUGUUAAUCUUCACAAAAUUGAUCCCAAUAUUAUUGCACCUCAUAAUAUAAAUAUUGGUUAUUGUGGUGGUAAUUGUAGUCUUAGAGAUAAUAUAACAAAUAAUGGUCUUAUUAGAUUCGCAGCAUUAAAAGAUCUUUUUGUUGGUUGUUGUCAUCCAAAAACUUUUCUUCCUUUUGAAAUACUUAAAAGAGAUAAAUUUGGAAUCACACUUGAAUACCAUGCAAAUUUAUAUACUUAUAAUUGUCGUUGUGGUUAA